AUGCUUCGUGUCCACGAGACCAUCAAGCUGAGGUUGAAUGCUGUGUGGAAACUGCCAUUGGAGCAGCAGCAUGACGUGCUCCUGGGCACCAGGGAGCUUCUCCACGGGAACUGUGCCGGUGUGAACUCUACCGGACGAGUCUGGCAUUUCCUCGCCACCGAGGUGCGGGAUCGAGGAGUAGAGUUGCCGAGCUUUUCGUCCAUUCCGCCAAUGAGCGGGGGUUCGCUUAGAGGUCCCAGAGGUGGAAGGCCGCGGUCGCGGUCGCCGUCGAUCUGA